AAUCCUCUGACGUUGUUCACGAGCUUUACAUACCCUCUACAGCAAAGACUCUGGUACUGGCGUAGCAGCACUGUCGACUCACGUCCCAGUGUCACGGACUAGGCCUCCACGGACUUGCAUACAGCACUACCGGCAUCAGGACAUACCAGCGUCUACGCGUAGUCCUGUCUCCCCUCGAUAAAGCCUACACAACAUGAGAAAUGCGAGAACUCGAUGAGCUGUUGCCAAUUGACAGACGCAACAUCCGUACAUAUGCUGUACAUGGCCAGCUAGACCUUCGUGCUCUCGACAGGAUCGAGUCGAUUGACAAACACAACCCAACAAGCGUGCAAGCCGCGUUCGUUGGCAUUGUGCACAUGUCAGGUUUUCGGCAAGCGGGCCUUGAAGACGAGCAGAUCAUGUUCAUACCAAAUCAGCCUGAGCCUGGAUGCGAGCUUUUCUAUCGCGACAGCACACAUCCUGGAUGCUCCCAUGAGACCUUUAGAGUCCAUCUGCUCCUGGAACGUAGAAGUCAUUGAUCACUUUGAUCGUAUGGUGGAUAUUUCACGGUAGGACAGCAUUGUCAAAUUUUCUACUUGUCAUCAUGUAUAAGAGUUUA